AUUUGGCAUCCUUGAUAAAACGUCAACGAGCUGAUUCGUAAUUUUAGUAUUUCAUUUCAGGCCGAGACAUUUCUCUUUAUUCUGAGCGCCCAACUGCAUAACUGCAUUUAAUUUUUGAAUAUAUCAUUGUUAGUUGUGUUUAUAGUAUUAACGUGAAUUAAGAUGAGUACAAUCACAAAAGUAAUGCGAACGCUUCCGAUGGCCCGAAUUUCUUCAGGUUCGAUUGGUGCUAGAAACAUCGGGAAUUGUUACUACACAAGCCAUGCAUGGAACACGAGGCGGCAAGAACAUGACAAAAAAAGAUUUCAUGAGUUAAUAAAACCAAAAUUCAACAAUUCGUUCGGAUGUUACAGUGUAAGAAGCAUCCAUACCAAAGGUGAACGCGAAUUGGUAGAAUUCCUUACUGAAGAAAUCGUCGCUGAACAGAAAUCAGUAAAGAAGACACUUCCAACAGACAUUGAAGGGUUCAAGAUAAAAUUGCAUGGCGCCGACGUAGAAAUGGUGAAGGAAACCAGCAAAGAAAGGAUCGAAAUUUCAUUCAAUGUUAACCACACCGUGGACGCAGAGGACGAUGGUGAAACUGACCGCUCGGCCGAUAAACCAGAAUUUUCCGAGAUGAGAAGUAAACCUCAAUUUGAAGUCGACAUUGUGAAGGGAUCACAAACUCUUAGUUUCACGUGUUCCUUCCUGCAGGGCGAAGCAGAAGAAGGCGAAUAUAAUGAUGUAUUCGGUAUAGACGAAAUAACUAUAUUUGAAGGCGAAUGGAACGAUAAAGUAUAUGCAGUCGCUGGAGAUGUUCUCGAUGGGUAUCUAUACGAUUUAUUGAUGAACUAUCUAGAAGAAAAAGGAAUAAAUAAUGAAUUUGUUCAAAAAUUAUCAGACUUCAGCACUUCGUAUGAACAUUCUAUAUACAUAAAUUUACUUGAAAAAAUUUCGAAAUUUGCCAUAGAUAAGAAGUAAUGUGCAAUAAAAAAAAGUAUAGAAUAAAUCGAAAUACCGAAAAUA